AUGGUGGAGGUAGCAAACUCAGACUACUUUCACUUGGUUGAUGAUUUCUAUUUCUUAGCCCUGCAUGACGAUGAAGAAGUGUUUCCAAUAUCAGAUGAGAAAUAUGCAUUAGAGUUACAGUUGCAAGAGGCUUUAAUGUCCUCAGCAAUCUCUUCUAGAGUACCAAAUGGAUCGAGAGUGUCGCAGACGUGUCAGCAUUUCAACUCAAGGGAAACCCAUAAAGGAAAAGAGAAAGAAAUUGGAGGGUCUUCGAAUUCUCAAACUCAUGGCCGAUUAUGUCUUAUUUGCAUGGAGGUCAAAGCAAUUGGAGAGAUGUUUAUAAGCAAUACGUGCACCCAUUUGUUCUGCACAGAUUGCAUUGGCAAACAUAUAGGUGCAAAAAUACAGCAAAAUAUAUCACUGGUUAAAUGCCCUGACUUAAACUGUAAAGGUGUUAUAGAACCACAAUUUUGUCGCUCAGUUGUUCCUGGAGAAGUGUUUGAUCGAUGGGAAAAAGCACUUUGUGAAUCAUUGAUUCUCGGGUCGCAGAAAUUUUACUGCCCUUUCCAGGAUUGCUCUGCCAUGUUAGUGGAUGAUGGAGGGCCUGAUGUGGUUGAAUCAGAGUGUCCGAAUUGUCAUAAGCUGUUUUGUGCAAAAUGCAAGGUCGCAUGGCAUGCUGGAAUUUCUUGCUGUGAGUUUCAAAAUCUGAGUAAGGACGAGAGAUCGAAGGAAGAUAUCAUGAUGAUGGAUCUUGCUAAGAACAGUAAGUGGAGGAGAUGUCCCAACUGUAAGAUUUUUGUGGAAAAGAUCGAGGGCUGCUUGCACAUUUCAUGCAGGUGCGGAAUUCACUUUUGCUACGGUUGUGGAUCUCUUUGGAAUGAAACUCAUCAAUGCGGAUAA